GAUAACCGCUGAACUUCCUUUUUGCUUGCGGCUGUCAAUUGAAGCGCAACUUGCACGUGAAUUCUCUGCGAAUUUAGCGACUUAAUAUGGACAAACCAGUUGUGUGGGCACGCGUCAUGAAGGUACUGGGCCGUACCGGAUCCCAGGGCCAGUGUACCCAGGUGAAAGUGGAGUUCCUCGGCGAGCAGAACCGCCAGAUCAUCCGCAAUGUGAAGGGACCCGUUCGCGAGGGCGAUAUCCUGACCCUUUUGGAGUCUGAACGCGAAGCCAGGAGGCUGCGCUAAUUGGCGACCCACUCGAGAAGAUCUUUUUACACACACACACUGUUUUUGCACGCGGCUUUUUUGUGGAGCGAAGGAAAUGGCGCAGAAAUUCAACGGAAGCGGCUGCUGCUGCAUAUUCGUUAUAAACAAAUGAAAAUACACACCUAAUUCGCCCGAAAAUCAGCCAAAAUGUGUUUUUAAAUAAAUCUCGAGAGCAUUGGAGCGCCUUUGUACGAAAAGAAAACCAAUCAAA